CCCCGACCAGGUUCUCUGAGAUGAGGAAGAAGUCUAUUUGAGAGGCUGAAAUAUGUUGGCCGUGAUUACGCUUCAGAUAGAAGAUCAGGAAAUGUAUUUACCACCAGGGUCGACUGACAAAGGAAGAGAGAAGCCUCCGGCAGGACUCAUCUUCAGACAUCUGGGGCACAGGGAUGGAAGUGUUGUGGACUUCCAUUGGAAUCCCUCUUCACCAUGGACAGUCAUGAGCGCCUCAACCAACACGACAGGAGAGGGGGCUGGUGAUGGAGGUGGAAGUCUGCAGGUCUGGAGGAUGAUGGAUGUGAUAUACGGAUCGGAUGGUGAUGUAUUUGGAGAACUCAAGCAACACCAAGAUGAGAUUCUGGGGGUCAAGAGAACAUCAAGCAUGAAUGUCCCAUAUGGUGAUCAGAGAGAGGAGCCUGUCGUCAAAGAGGACUUAGCAAAGCCAAAUCUCAGUGAUCAUAACAAUCCCUCUACCACUGCUUGGUAAUUUAUGGCCAUCUACGGCAUAUCAGAGGGUGAGGGCUAUAGAGGGACAGCAGCUGCAAUAGCAAUGGCAGCAAAAGAGGCACUAAAGGCUGCAACCACUAGCAAUCGCAUUACGGGUGGAAAGGAUCAUGACAAUGACAAGCGUAGCAGCUCUGGCUACAGUGACAGCGGCAGCAUUGGCAACAACACCCAUUAAUAGCAGCAACAGCAACACCAAUAGUCACAGCAAUAGCAACAGGGAUAGUGAUGGUGUUGGAAACAGUGAUGGAAACAGCGAUGGGAAUAGCAACGAAAACAGCGUUGGAACCAGCAUCAGAAACAGUGACAGAAACCGCAAAUGGAAACACCGAUAGAAACAGCAAUGGCAGGGGCCGCGGCCUAGUGCAGUUGGUUGAGCACAUGAGUGGCAUUCAGGAGGUCAUGGGUUCGAUUACCAACGUUGUCCAUUCGACUCCCCACAGCCCCCUGAGGCAUGCUCUGGGUUCACCAGCUGAGAAAGACAGCUUGCCACCCUUGGUUGGUCUUGGCAGGGGACCCUUUGACCCGGCCAACCCUAGCUAGGGGUUAGGAAUGCAGCGGUGCUUGGGCACAAGAGGAGGUUGGCGCCAACCCAUAACUCUUACGACACUCCAGCGUAGGUGCAUAGAUUUGGCAUGCUACGAGAACAAAUGAUGGAAACUGGAUGUAGAUAAGAGGUUAGGUAGUGGGAGGUAUCUGAGAGAAGAAUAUAGGGUAGUUAAAAAAAAAAAAAAGAGAAACUGCGAUGGCAGCAGCGAUGGAAACGGUCAUGGAAACUGCAAUAGCAACAGCUAUGGAAACAACAACAGUGACAGUGUCGGAAGCGGAACAGUGACAAUGCUGGCAGCAGUGAUGGCGGCAAAGAGCGAUGUGGUCCCUGGAGACAAGAGCAAGAGUGACAAUGAUGUCAAGAGUACUAGCAGCAGCAAGGAGUAAGCGAGUCACAUCAUUAAUGAAUCGUAGAUUGUUAG